AUGGGUGAUUCAAAAGGUGGAAAAAGUUUUGUAUCGCGAAUGUUUGGUGGUACAAAAAGUGGUGGUCAACAGAAAAAGGCGAAUACACCACAAGAAGCUAUACAACAACUGCGUGAUGUUGAAGAUGUAUUGACAAAAAAGGUGGAGUUUUUAGAAGGAAAAAUAAAUGAGGAAACAGAGAAAGCAAGACGGGAUGCACGGACAAAUAAACGAAAUGCAUUAAUGGCAUUGAAACGAAAAAAACGUUUAGAAAAACAGUUGCAGCAAAUUGAUGGUACAUUAACAACAUUAGAAUAUCAAAGAGAAGCGUUGCAGAAUGCAUCAAUGAAUGGUCAAGCAUUUAACGCUUUACAAACUGCAACAAAUGCGUUGAAAAAUGUUCAUAAAGAAUUAAAUAUAGAAAGUGUACAAGAUAUUAUGGACGAUUUAGCUGAACAACAUGAAUUAUCGACAGAAAUUGCCAGUGCCAUAUCGAAUCCAAUCGGAUUUGGUACAGAAUAUGAUGAUCGUGAAUUAGAAGAUGAAUUAGCUGCUUUAGAACAAGAAUCAUUGGCUAAAGAAAUGCAACAAAUUGGUCCAAUCGAACUACCAUCUGUUCCCACACAUCUUCCCAUACCUGCUAAUAGUUAUAAACAACCGGCAUCAAAAGCUAAAAAUAAUUCCGACUUAGAAGAGUUAGAAAAAUGGGCAUCAUAA